UGAACCCUAGUUCCUCUUUGCGCCGCUUCACACUCUCUCGUCUUCCUUUUUUGUUUCCGGCGGGCUCUUUCUCCUGUCAAAACACCAUGUUUAUGAGUCAAUUUCGUAUCUGCAAGCCUUUGAUCAACUCUCGUCUGCCUUUGUUCCGCCCCUUUCUCUCUAGAUGUUUCGAUCUGUCCUUCAGUACCAUGGCUGAUACCGAAGAUCUUGUGCCUAAAGCAGCAGGCGUCUUCUGGGACGUCGAGGACUACAAGAUCCCUGAUGGUCUCACUGCUCGUGAUGUUGCAGAGAAUAUCAGAGCGACACUUGCGGAAGUUGGACAUCGUGGUCCGAUCACAAUCAGGGCUUUUGCUAGUGAUAAGAAUCGGACCCCGGACUAUGAAUUUGCUUACGCCGGAAUCAAACUCAAGCGCGUAGCAAGAGGCCCGAAAGGAGAGCAUAAGCAUCAUCGGAGAGAUAUGGCUCUUUUAGGUGACAUGGGUUUCUAUGCUGGUAGUCACGGUAAAGCACGAUCAAUGAUAAUUUUUAUCUCUGAUAGCAACUAUGACGACGCUGACAAAGAGUUUAGGAGUUGGAAUCAUGUUGUCCUUUGGGCAAAACUAUCUGCCGAGGGGAAGCCUAUCCCCCAGACCAGAAGAACCUCUAAGCGUAUUUGAAUGAGACCCAAAACAUACUCUUUGGUUCUCGAUAGCUAAUUAAUGUAGUUUGUUUUUAAUGUCGUUUGUGUGUGUAUGAAAAACAUCGACUUUUUAUCAAUGAUUAUGCUGAGGUUUUAUUUCGUCC